AUGUUCUCUGCUCCCCAACUGUUCGACGAGAUGCUCUCUGCUCCCCAACUGUUCGACGAAAUGCUCAAGAACGGUGAAGGAGGACCAACCAACCUGGGAAUCGAGCCCGAUCCGGGAACCGAAGGACGACGCCCGCGCGGCGACGCCAUGGCGCGCCGCCCCCGCCGCCGCCGAUCGCCACCACCACCUGCCGGCUACCCAGGCGACUCGCACCCCGCCGACAGACGCAGCCGGGAGCUUGACGGGCCCGUGCGGCGCGCAGACGUCGAGCAUCAAGCCAAGCGCGGCGCCGGCGGCGGGAAGGAGGGGUCGGGGCCAAGAAAGGCCGGAGCUUUGCGCGGGGGCAGCUACGAGCUCUCGUCGAGGGAGCGCGGCAGCGUCGAUGUCGUGGUGGAUGUUGUCCCGGCGAGCGCCCCGAUGGCAUCCACAGGAACGGGAAGCGAGGGCCUAGAGAUCAGAAUUGACUGGAUUGUCGCGGCUGGUUCGUGA